AUGGUUCCCUUCAAGCCAUUUGAGGUAGAGCAAUGGAUGGAUACAUACGAGAACACGCCAGACGUUUUGAACGUCGCUGAAACGUGCUGCUCUUCGAUUUCUAUUGACGAGCUCUCCCGUUUCUCCGACGACAAGCUUAACCAUUUGCGCAUACCGACAUCUCUCAAACUUACGUAUGGCCCCAUUCUAGGAUCUCCAGCCUUGCGACAGAGAGUCGCCGCUCUGUGCAGCGACGCCAGUCGACAUUGCUUGACCGAGGAUAAUGUCAUAAUAACACAAGGUGCCAUAAACGCAAACUUCCUUGUUCUAUAUGGCCUGAUCGGGCCUGGAGAUCAUGUUGUCUGCGCCUACCCAACCUAUCAGCAGUUAUAUUCUGUCCCAGCUAGCCUUGGAGCUGAUGUAUCCUUGUGGGCUCUGCGGCCAGAGGCUGGCUAUAUCCCUAGUGUUGAUGACCUGAGUACUCUCAUUCGGGACAAUACCAAGAUGAUUAUUAUCAACAAUCCAAACAACCCAACUGGUGCAGUAAUUCCCAGCGGAAUACUAGAGAAGAUCGCCGCCUUGGCCCAAGAGAAGGGUAUCAUUCUCAUGUCAGACGAGGUGUAUCGUCCCCUAUUUCACAACGGACAUAACGACCCUAGUUCUCCGCCUCCAGCCACCGCCUUGGAGUAUGAGAAAAUUAUAGUUACUGGGUCCAUGUCGAAAGCAUUCGCACUGGCGGGAAUAAGGAUAGGCUGGGUCGCUUCGAGAGACCGGGCUAUCUUGGAAAAGCUGAUCGCUGCUCGGGACUACACAACCAUCAGCGUGUCUCAACUAGACGAUCACGUUGCCUGUUAUGCAUUGUCAUUGGAAGUCAAGGAUCGAUUAUUGGAGCGCAAUGUUGCUUUAGCAGCGAAAAAUUUAUCCCUCCUGAAAGAAUUUGUUGACACUCAUAGUGAUAUUUGUCAUUGGACACAACCCUCUGCGGGGACCACAGCAUUCAUUCAGUUUUGUCUCAACGGUCAGCCCGUUGAAGACGUAUCAUUUUGCAAAGACCUCCUUCAGAAGACUCGAAUUCUGUUCUGCCCAGGCUCGCUUUGCUUCGGUGGCGGCAAAGACUUCCUUGGGUUUGUACGAGUGGGGUAUGUCUGUGAGACUGCAGUGCUGCAGGAAGCUUUGGCGAAGCUAGCUAAGUACGUUAGACAGCUGGUGCACUGA